GGCAGGGCGGGCCGGGGCGGACCCUCCGGUUCUGCCCAGCCCCGGAACCGCGGCGGGAGGCGGUAGUGCAGCUGCGGGGAGCGCUGCCAUGGCCGGGGGCUGCGUAGACAUGUGCACUGGGUCUCGGUGGAGGUGGGAACUCUCUGUUUUCUUCUCCUGAGAAUCCCAGCCUGGCUGCAAAGACAACUCUCUUCCCACUCCUCUGCAAGAAGUGAUAGAGAAAACAAGCGCCAUGUACACUUUCCUGCCUGAAAACUUCACACCGGUGAAGCAGAAGCCAUCCAAGGAGCUGAGGCCCAUGCUGGGGGCUGUCACACUGGGCCUCAUCCUGUUCAUUGCCGCGGUGGUGGCCUGGUGCUACUACACGGUGUCCCUGCGGAAGGCUGAGCGGCUCAAGACGGAGCUGAUGGACCUGCGGGCAGAUGGCUUCGUCAUCAGGAACCAGCAUGGGGAGGUGGUGUUCCGCCUGGCAUUCCGCUCGGGGAGCCUGGACCUGGAGUCGUGCUCCAAGGAGGGCGAGAUCCUGAGCUGCACGCGGUCGCACCGGGGGCCGCUCAACUUCUUCAUCCAGACGGUGAAGCCCAAGGACACAGUGAUGUGCUACCGCGUGCGCUGGGAGGAGCUGGCGGCCGGCCCUGCAGUGGAGCACACCAUGUUCUGGGAGGACGCCCACUGGUACGGGGGCUCGGAGAUGAGCACCCAGCACUGGCCCAUCCGCCUGGCGGGCUACCAGGAGCCCGUACCCUACGUCACCAGCGAUGUCUACUCUUUCCGCGACAGCUUUGGGGGCAUCCUGGAGCGCUACUGGCUCUCCUCCAAGGCGGCAGCCAUCAAGAUCAACGACUCAGUGCCCUUCCACCUGGGCUUCAAUGCCACCGAGCGCUCCCUCUUCUUCCAGGCCCGCUACAAGGACUCUCCUUACAAGCCCCCACCGGGGCAGCAGCCCUUCCCGGAGCUGAGCUACCGGGUGUGCGUGGGCUCUGACGUCACCUCCAUCCACAAGUACAUGGUGCGCAGGUACUUCAACAAGCCCUCCAAGAUCCCUGCUGAGAACGCCUUCCGCUACCCCAUCUGGUCCACGUGGGCCCUCUACAAAAAUGAUAUUGAUCAGGAUAAACUCUUACGAUUUGCUGAAAAGAUUAAGAAAUACCGUUUCAACUGCAGCCACAUUGAGAUUGAUGACAUGUACACACAGGCGUACGGGGACUUUGACUUUGACCCUGUCAAGUUCCCCAAUGUAACUGAGAUGUUUGCAAAACUAAGGGAAGAUGGGUUUAAAGUCACUCUGUGGACACACCCUUUCAUAAACUAUAAUUCCUCCAAUUUUGGUGUGGGUAUUGAGCGUCAGCUCUUCAUCAAGGAGCCCUCAGGGCGGCUGCCAGCCAUGGUGGAGUGGUGGAAUGGCAUUGGGGCCAUCCUGGACUUUACCAACCCAGCAGCCCGGGACUGGUUCCAGAGUCACCUGCGCCAGCUCCGUCACAAGUACGGCAUCUCCUCCUUCAAAUUCGACGCAGGUGAGACCAGCUACCUGCCCAAGCAGUUCAGCACUUUCCGGCCUCUCUCCGACCCCAGCAUCUGGUCCCGGCGUUACACCGAGAUGGCCAUCCCCUUCUACGAGCUGGCCGAGGUACGGGUGGGCUACCAGUCACAGAACAUCUCCUGCUUCUUCCGCAUCAUUGACCGUGACUCUGUGUGGGGCUAUGAGCUUGGCCUCAAGUCCCUCAUCCCCACAGUCCUCACCAUCAGCAUGCUGGGCUACCCCUUUAUUUCUGCUGACAUGAUUGGAGGAAACUUCCUCCCCAAUAAGACAGAUGGAGCCGUUGAGAUCCCGGACCGGGAGCUGUACAUCCGUUGGCUGGAGCUGUCGGCCUUCAUGCCCUCCAUGCAGUUCUCCAUCCCACCAUGGCUCUAUGACAAGGAGGUGGUGGAGAUCGCACAGAAGUUCACAGAGCUCCACGAGUCGCUGGUGGCCCCGCUGCUGCUGGAGCUGGCCGGGGAGGUGACCGAUACGGGAGACCCCAUCAUCCGGCCCAUCUGGUGGAUCUCGCCCCGCGACGAGGCCACACACCGCAUCGACUCGCAGUUCCUCAUUGGGGACACCCUUAUGGUGGCUCCCGUGCUGGAGAUGGGCAAGCAGGAGCGUGAUGUCUACCUGCCAGCGGGCAAAUGGCGCAGCUACAAGGGGGAGCUCUUUGAGAAGACACCAGUGCUGCUCACCGACUACCCUGUCGACCUGGAUGAAGUCGCCUAUUUCCUCUGGGUUUCCUAACGGACUCCUCCAUCUGCUUUGGGAAAACCAUGCCUUACGCUACAAGUUUUUUAACAAAUAAUAGUUCUAAUUGCACAUUUCAUCCUGGACUUGGAUUGCAGAAGCAUAUUAAAUAGACUUCGUUCUCCUUGGGGAUUUUUUAUUGUUUUUGGAGGAAGAUGGUCUAUUUGUUGGGUGUUUUUUUUAUUUUAUUUGAGGCUGGUGGGAGGCUGCAGUUGGGUUGUAGUAGGCAGAAUUGUCUCUUUAUAUGUGAAGACGGAGUUGUCAUGCAGUCAAACCUAAUACCUUUUUUAUUCCAUAGGAUUUUAAGAGGUGAGGUUUGUUAGUGCCUUGUGGGAGCAUUUCUUGUCCUACGGGAGCACCCAGCAUUGGCUUGGGGGUGUAUGAUGUGGGAGGGUUGCUACAGCACAGCCUGCCUUAAGUUUUCUAAUAUGGCAAGUAUAUAUAAAAAGACUUUUUAAGAGCAGCAAAGAGACUAGAUUAUAUAGAGAUAUAUAUACAGAUUUAUUUCCCUCCCCAUAGCAUGGCAGUGGACUAACACCUGCCCAUUUUCUCAGGUACCAGGCAGGCCAGGUUACUCACAUGACAUGCAGUUAUUUCAGUUGAACAGACGACAUAUUGCUUGCAUCCCACCUCCUCACCCAUCUGAUGCUGCUGCAAGGCUCUUCCUGUGUGUUUCACUUCAGGUGUCAACACUGCCUUUCUGUAGCAGCACUGUUCAUACCAGUGUGCCCAAUCAAUCUUAACGCAUCAUGGUCCUGCUUUGUUACAGGACAGUAACAGGUAUUCUUUUUAUCUUUUUUAAGGACAGAUUGGCUUUCAGGUUCGUUGCUGGCAGGACUGCCUGAAGCAAAGCUGAUCUCUGAGGGUCUGUGUGCCGCUUCCCUGGGAACAGCAGGUUCUUGCACGCGGCACGAGUCAUGGAUGUAAUGUUUGCUGCUAGCCAGCUUGCUGGUGGGUGAAAAGCACCAGCUUUUGCAUUGAUGGUUUUGUGCCAGUGGGUGUUUUCACUGCACACAAGGAAAUGUUCUCAUGUAGCAUGAAAUUAAGCUAAUAUCCAUCUCCGUCUCGGGCUAGAGUUUGAGAAAUGAUUAUGCUCUGUAGAGCUUUUCUGAAGCAGCCCUUCUCUCUCUCAUGAAGAUGGAGGUGACUUAAUCAGCUUUUGGGCUUGUUGUUGGAGGUUUCUGGAUGGGACAUGGGGUGACGUCUUCCUGUGCCCACAGUCCCCAGCACUAGGAUGGGCAAGACUUUGGCUCAGGUUCCCCCUGUUGUCUACUUGGGAUUUUCUCAGCAUUUCUGCUUCCUCUUUUUUCAGGAUGCUUUCCCAGCUUUCCCGUUUGGUUUUCUUUAGGGAUAUGUGCAUAUAGAGAUACAGGCAGUCUCCACUGUAAGCAACCACAAGCAGGUCUGCAGUCUGACGGUCUUGCUCCCUGAGGCAGGACUUUCCCUGCUGUGCCCUGACUACUGGCAUCUCUCAGCCCAUUCAUUUUUAAUAUGCCUGAUCAGAACUGAGCCACAUUGUCUGGGAGGGAAAGGGACAAGGAAAGCACAGCAGCUGCAGGUCUUCUUACGGGAUUGCAUCCAGGCAUGAGUCCACCACCCAGGGAGAUGGAGCAGCUUUUUGGGUAGAGCUGGAUACCAGUGAUGGUAUUUCUCAAUGGCCAACUGCCUCUGGGUUUGCAGGAGGAAGAAAAGGAGAUGCACCUAUGGGUUGUGAUAGUGUCCUCAAGUGGAAACUCAGGCAUUUGGGGAAAUAUCAAAAGUGUUUUUGUAGUUAGGAAGGAAGAGAGAAUGUUUGGUGUGAAGGAUGCUGUCCUUGGAGAUCUUCAGAAGCUGCCUGCACAUGGUCCUGGGCAACCUGCUCCAGGUGACCCCUGCUUGAAGGGCUCCAGAGGUCCCUUCCAACCUCAGCCAUUUUGUGAAUCUGUGCCUCUUUGGAACCAACCUGAUGUCUGACUGGAUCCGCUCUGUGUAAUUUGGUGUUUUGGCCUCAAAAUAAGACUUAAAGGAGUUCUGAAGUCCAGCAGGAGCACAGACAAGUCCCAGGCUCAGUCCCUAAGCCUGUUUCUUGUGGCUUUUAGCUGUGGAGGGCUCAGGUUUGCUCUCUGUCCCCAGUACAAGUAGCACUGGUUUUCCACGCUACAAACACACUCUGACAAGUGUGUGCCUUCCUAGUAGAAUCCCUUUGCUGUGAAAAUGAUGGCAGAAACUGUGUGAGUGCCUUGAUCCCCUCUUAGAAGUCAGUAAAAUCCAUCAUACUUUGUGUGAGAGUAGAUGGAAAGAGCUUGUGUCUUCUGCUUCCAUCCCUCAGCUCAGGGGAGUCAGGUGCCAGCUGCCAAAGGAGGCAGAAGCUGGUGCUGCAGCUGGACUGCACAGGUAGUGGUGGCAGACUGGGUCAUUCCUGUGAGGUGUGGGAUCUUGAAGUCCUGUGUGUGGCUGCACCCUCGCAGCUUUGUGCCAGGGAAGCAGCAAAAUUCAACGGGGCUCUGUCAGGAGGAAAAAUCUCCAUUAGACACACUGUCCUUCGAAAGAAAGAGUUCUGUUGUCAAAGGUGUUUAUUAACUAGUUGUAAAUGAGUAAGAUUACAGAGUAACCUUAUUUUUCUAAAUAUGGUUAGGGCAGAAAUGGUCAUGGCCAUUCAGUGCUCCAGCUAGGAGGAGGGGGAAGCUGGGAGGAGGGCAGGGAUGAAACCUAGGAGCAAGGACUCAUCUGACUGUCACUCUCUGGGUCCAUGGCACCAAGCCAUUUUGGGGACAGGCUCAGCAAUGCUCCCUCAAGCUAUCUCAUAAGCUCCGGGAUGCUCUCUCCAUCAAACUUUUUACCAAAACCACUGUUUCUAACACUAUGCUGCAGUGCAGGUUGAGCAUCCAUAAGACUUUGCAGAUCACAAGCUCUCUGUGCACGGACACUUUGGGAACCGAUACCCAGGGAGGUUUCUCUGGGUUACACACUGGGUCACUGUCCAAAACCAGGUUAACUCAGCCAAGGAAAAGCCUCAAAACAGGUGUUGGGGAUUGGUUCAGUCAGCACUAGCAGGUGGUGAUGAGCAGCAGAUCAGCGUGAUGCCCAUGGGAUUGGGUUUUGAAGCUUGUUUUGUUGUGUGUCAGCUUUAGUGAGUGGUUGGAUUUCACACGCUUUCCUGAGUUGGACUGCAGUGCUGGUGGGAUCAUUUUUAACCACUUUUCUAAUUCUAAUUGUUAUGAAAACAGAGCUGUAACUUGAAUUGCCUUGAUUGAUAAAAAACUUUGGAAAACAAAACAAA